CCUAAAACGCUAUUCUGGAAUCCCAGGCAGCAGCCAUGCUCUCAACACACACCAAUUCGCAGCACGGCAAGAACCCGCUCAGCCCGCGCAAGUCGCCGGCGCUCGCCGCGGCGCCCGGCGACACCGCGCCACCAGCCGACCCAGUCGACCCACUCGCCAGCAGCCCUCACCACCAACACCACCAUCACCACCAUCACGAGCACGGCUCAGCAGGCGCGGCGGGCGGCAGGCCCGCCUCCUCCUCGGGCGCGGCCGCGACGACGCUGGCUCAGCGGCUUGAGCUGGUGGCUCGGCGCUUCGUGAGCAAUGUGGUGGGCUGGCCAGGAGGCAGCGGCGGCGGCAGCAAUGAGGAGGAGGAGGUGCGGGGCGGCGAGCAGCAGCCGCAGGCGGGGGACGUGGGCAGCGGUGACAUCGAGACCGCCGCGCGGGUCGCCAGUAUGAUGCUGGCCCCGGGCGCGGCGGUGCACGUGGGCGGCGUGUGGGCGGACGUGCUGGCGCCGGGGCAGCCCAACAACGAGGACGCCCUGUUUGAGUACCUGUCCCGCGAGCGCGCCGCCUACCAGCUGCUGGAGCUGCAGCCGCUGGCGGUGGCUGUAGCUGUGGACAGCGAGCCGGCUGUAGCAGGGCUGGGCGGUGGCGGCGGGGGUGCUGCGGCCGACCCCACGCCCACCGCCGCUGCCGCCGCACACGGACGUGAGGUGGUGGAGGAGGGCGAGAAGCUGGAGCGCCGUGACGGUGCCGGUGGUGGCGCAGGUGGUGGUGCCUGUGGUGGUGGUGCGGCAGCGGGUGGUGGCGGUGGCGGCGACGUGGCGUUCGUGCUGUCGCGGUUCCGAAUGAAGCAUGUGGGCGGCUGGCUGGGCCGUGCGCCGACCGGCCGUGUGUCUGAGGGCCUGCGUGUGGACGAGCUGCGCUUCGACCCCGAGGCCAAGAUAGCGGCGGCCUGGUGCACCCGGCAGCUGACGCAGGAGGAGCUGGAGGUGCUGAGGGCGCGCCCCGAGGGCGGGGAGGGGGAGGGCGCGGGGGUGGGGGCGGGGGAGGGGGCAGCAGCGCAAGCCAAGGCACCAGCGCUGGAGCCCUCCCUGCUGAGGCUGCAGGCCUCCGAGCUGGCCCCGCAUAAGAUGAUGCAGGUGGCGGCGCUGUGGUCCCAGGCCUGGAAUGUGGCCACGGACGCAGGCGCCGUCAACCCGGACCUGCUGGACUGCCUGGCUGAGCCGACGCUGACAGCAACAGACAUGAGCGGACUGGGGCUGGGCGGAGGAGGCGGAAGUGGAGGAGGUGUGGGUGGGGGUGGAGGCGGGGAGGAGGAGCAGCAGCACCCGUUCACGGCCAUCCGCAGUCGUGAUGACGCCAAGGCCGCGCUGGCGGCGCUGUGUGCCUCCUACGAGGUGGACGAGGGGCUGGUCACGGCGGCGGCGGCCAGAGGCACCAACGCGGCGUUUUGCCACUGGCGGGCGCGACUCACGCCCCGCCGCCGCGGCGGCAGCAGCGGCGCCGGCAGCGGCAGCAGCGGCAGCACACAGGACGCCGCCACACCACAGCCCGGCGGCGGCCGCCUCACAGCCGCCAUCACUGCUACAACAGACGCCGGGAGCGGCAGUAGCGGCGGCGGUCGCGGCAGUAGCAGUGGUGGUGGCGGCCACGGCCCGGGCUCCUACGUGGCUGAGGGGGUGGACCUGCUGCUGUUCGCGCCCAGCGGCAAGCUGCAAGCCAUCGCGCAGUUCCGGCGGCCGCUGGGGUGGGAGCGGCGUACGCUGCUGUCGGCGGCGGGGCUGGCGGCGGCGAUGGCGGAGGCGGGCGUGGCGGAGGCGGCGGCGGUGGCCAAGGGGCCGGGCGUGUGCGUGGUGGACAAUGCACCCGCCGGAGCGCCCGAGGGCGUCAUCGCUUAGGAAGGAGCGGCAGAGAGAGGUGUGCACGGUGAAGCCUUUGAUUGUGAAGUGCGCCGGCAGCGAAGCGGAGUUCCUGCCUCCCGCGUGUGCAUGGUGGUGUUGAGGAGUGAACGUGCAGGCGUGCAGCGAUUGCUGUCGACAGACACCGGGUGCGUGGGAUCAUAGGAGGAGGCGCGCGCGAACCCAGCAGCUACAGUGUUGGAACAGACCGCGAAGUUGCAGAGUAUUGUUGCAAAGUGUUAGCCUUGGAAGGAUGAACGUCAUCACGGUUGUGUGAGGGAUGGCGUCCGUUAUACAGUACCAGUAAUUUGCCUGCGUGAUGUAGAUUUGCUGGAGGGGUGGAAAGGUGGCUCGGCGGUGAGUGCGGCGCGCCAACCGGAACCCGCCGGAGCUAGGGAAUAACAGCCGCUGAGGACUGCUACCCCAUGUCUCCAGUGUGCUCCAUUUGUAGCGAUUCCAUGUCCCCCACUUCCAUACAAUUUAGCUCACACGGGCAGGCUCAUAUAUAUCCUGCGGAAGUCGGGCAGGCUCAUACAUGAGUGGUCGUCUGUUCUAGGCGCAAACUCAACACAUUGCUUCGGCGUGUGGGGACGCGGCGUUGGCGAGAGCCACGGAUGGCCCUAGUACCGUGGGGGCAUGUCGCACCCGGGGAGGGCACUGUAGCGAUUCCUUGGCCCAAGCAGCCGUCAAUGCAUCCUGCCUUGGAUCGUGGCGUGUCAACAAAACACACCAUGCCGGACGCAGGUCGGGACUACGCAUCAAGUUACCGGUCAUAUGCGUUAUGCUUGGGGUUCCGCAAGUGCGAAGGGCUGGCAUCGCGUCUAAAGUCAACC